AUGCUCCAUCAACCACGCCUCCAUGGCUAUGCCGCUGGUCAGUUCGCCGACACCUUUGGUCGCAAGGUCAUGCUCUACAUCGCCGUCGCCUUGUCCUUGGCUUCAUCCUUCGCCUUGGUCUUCGCUCCCAAUCUCCCCGUCCUAUUCGUAUCGAAGCUCCUUCUUGGUCUCUCGGUCGGUCUCUCCACCGCCAUUCCUCCUCUUUAUGUUACAGAGAACGCUCCGGCGCAUCUGCGCAGCACGGCCUCCUCCUUGACCAACGUCGUCAUUGUCCUCGGAUUCUUCUGCUCAUCUCUUACUGGCUAUGGUGCCUCCAAGAUCGAGGGCGUUUGGUCCUUCAAGCUGGCCUUCCUUAUGACCUUUGUCGUACCAGCUCUUUAUGGAAUUGUUCUCCCUUUCUUCCCCGAGAGCCCAGUCUGGUACAUGAAGAAGGGCCGUGAGGCCGAUGCUCGCAAGGCUAUUUUCCGUCUCUUCGGGCCCGAUGCGAACGCUGAUAAAGUCAUCGAGACCAUCAAGCGCGAGUUGAAGCAAGGGGAGGAGGAAGCCUCCGGAGUCAGCCAGACCAGCUGGAAGGCCAUCUUCAGCAAGGAGCACCGAAAGCGCACCGUUGUCGCUGUUCUUGGACUUCAAUCUCAGAACUUCUCUGGCGGUUACUUCGCAAACACUUAUCAGACGUAUUAUUUCGAAUUGAUUGGCCAAACGGAUCCAUUUCGUCUGACCGCGAUCUCAUCGACACUCCAAUUCUUCUCCAACCUUGUGGCAGUCGCAUUGGCCGAUGUCAUUCCUCGUCGCAAAGGCCUGGUCGGUGGCGGCACGCUCCUCAUGUUCUGGUCCAUCAUCAUCGCGGGCAGUUCCCUUGCUGCAAAGACCAACAACGCCGCGAACUUGGCCCUGCUCGCAUUCAUGAUCACCUGGUCUAUGCUAUACACUGCUACAGUCGGAUGCUUCGGGUGGGCCAUCGCUCAGGAGACCGCUGCUCAAGCAACUCGCCCUAAGACCAUCUCCUUCGUCUUGGUCUGCCAGCAGCUCACCGCUCUGAUGCUGUCUUCGGUCUUCCCUUACUUCAUCAAUCCUGAUCAGCUCAACUGGGGUGGAAAGGUCAUGUUUCUAUUCGUCGGAGCAGAGAUUUUCAUUAUCGGGCUGUUGUGGCUGCUUCAGCCUGAGACCAAGAACCGCACCAACGUCGAGAUUGACAUCCUCUACGCCGCGAACAUUCCAGCUCGCAAGUUCAAGGACUUUGACAUCAUUGAUGGAGAGGUCGUCCCCAAGCAGAAGAAGGGUGGCUUCCUCAGCCGCUUCUCGCGGAAAGCCUAG